AUGACGAUCACGAGAGCGAUAUUACCGAUUUUGUUGGUGGCAGGAUCGAUCGCGUUAGGAUCAUCCAAUCAGGAUCUUCUGACGAAUUCUUUGAACCACUGCAUCCCGGCGGAAUCUUGGUCUAAUUGUUUAAAACACGAGAUCCUCGAAUACCUCGACGAAAAGUUGGGUACAGUAACUGAAGCAAGGUCUCUUGAUACCGUUGACGAAGCCAUCGUUGCUAGGACUUUCAAGUAUCUCAAGAGUUUCGACUAUGGCAUGGAUUUACCCUUCGUAGACGCCAGUUUGAAAUAUAGGCCUAGCAGAAGUUUGGCAGAUCUCGACAUAGAGUUUCAAGGGAACGACGUUGUUAACAAUCAGGCUCGUGGAUUACUUAAGAAGAAAUUGUUACUGCCAUUUUUGCUAUUGUUGAAAUUGAAACUAAAAGCACUUAUGCCAAUAUUAGUUGCUAUUAUUGGAUUGAAAGCAUUGAAGGCUUUAGUUCUAUCUAAACUCGCUAUAUUAUUGGUCAUCGGAUUCCUCGCUGUACAAUUUUUAAAGAAGGGUGGCAUGAUGAUGCCUAUGGGUAUGUCGAUGGAACCGGCUACUCCCCCAUACGGAGCUCCACCUAUGCCCUCGACCACGUCGAGUUAUGAUCCGGCCAACACAUGGGACGGAACCGGCCCGUAUUCCCGCGUUUGGACCCCGACCAAUGGUGUGGAGUCACAGAAUCUAGCGUACAGUUAUUAUUCACCUAGCAGUGGUUCCAGCUCCUAUAGUUCUCUCGGUUCACCUUCAUCGUCAUCAUCUUCAUCGUCAUCUUCUUCAUCGUCAAGUGCUGGAAGCCCGUCGAAUUAUUAA